UCAUACAGUCUCAGCAUCCCAAAACACAAAAUAUCAAAAUAUAUGUAGUUUAAUUACCUAGAGAAAUUCCAAUGGAAAACAAUCCAAACGUCCUCAACGAUGUGUACAGAAGAGAAGAGGAAGAAAACUACUCGUUUGCCAUGCAGCUUGCGACUGCCCCCGCACUGUCCAUGUCUUUACACGCUGCCAUUGAGCUCGGAGUUUUCGACAUCAUAGCGAAAGCCGGAGAAGGCGCUAAGCUUUCGCCGGCGGAGAUCGUGGAGCAGCUGGCCGCCAACAACCCUGAAGCACCCAUUAUGCUUGAUCGCAUACUCAGGAUGUUGGCAAGCCACUCUAUUCUUAGUUGCUCUGUGGUGGGUGAUGGCAGUAGUGAGCCUAAAUUUCGAAGGCUUUACGGUCUUCGCCCCGUGUCCAAGUAUUUUGUGACUAAUGAAUAUGAUGGUUCAUUUGGACCCAUGCUGGCGUUGGUUCAUGACAAGAUCUUGAUGGAUAGCUGGUUCCAACUAAAAGAUGCAAUUCUCGAAGGAGGAGUUCCAUUUAAGAGGGUCCAUGGAACACACUCUUUUGAGUAUCUAGGCUUGGAUCAAAGAUUAAAUCAACUUUUCAACAAAGCAAUGGACAACGCAAGUACUAUUAUCGUUAAGAAGCUCCUAAAAUAUUACAAGGGUUUUAAUCACCUUCAAAAACUGGUGGAUGUUGGUGGUGGUUUGGGAGUGACCCUUAACUUAAUCACUUCAAAAUUCCCACAUGUUAAGGGUAUUAACUUUGACUUGCCUCAUGUGGUAGAACAUGCUCCAUCUUAUCCAGGUGUUGAACACGUGGGAGGAGAUAUGUUUGAUAAGGUCCCUAUCGGGGAUGCUAUUUUGUUGAAGUCGGUACUUCAUGAUUGGAAUGAUGAGCACUGCUUAAAGCUAUUGAAGAACUGUUCCGAAGCUAUUCCGACCAACGGAAAGGUUAUAGUUGUUGAUGUAAUCUUUCCGGUGAAGCCAGAGACUAGUUCUCACGCGAAAAGCAACUCCCAACUUGAUGUGCUUGUGAUGGCCGAACAUCAACUAGGAGCCAAGGAAAGGAGCCGGGAAGAGUUUUUAGCCUUGGCAACUGGUGCAGGAUUUAGAGAGAUCAAAUUUGAAUAUUUUAUGGGUGACUAUUGGAUAAUGGAGUUCUUUAAGUAGAUGGUUGUCUUCCAUAUGAUGGAAAUGUCUGAUCUGUUAUUGAUCAAUGUGUGUAGGUUGAUCAGACGGCUUUUUCUUUCUCUCUCUUUUUUCCUUUCUCUCUCUUUUUUUUUUUUUUUGGGUAGUCUUAUUAGUGAAUAAAAGUGAAGUCCAAUGUCAGAAACCACCAGGUCAAAUGACAUGGGAUGAGUUGGAGCGAGGCUUGAGUUUGGGAAGAUGUACGUUUGAUCCUACAUUGUAUCUAAAAACAAAUAAUGCAUAAUAAAGA